AACAAUGGCAGGUGAAGACUGUGUAAGAAAACGCCAGUCUGGCUCCACUAAAACCUGCAAGACCCCUGAGAAUGAGGAAAUGCAGAGGAGACCUGAGACCGAGAGGUCAUUUCAAAACUCAAGCAAUGGCCGGGUUGAUGUUGACCAUGUGAUAACAAGGAAAAUGCAGCUAAUAGCAGAAGCUGAGCAAUUGAAGCCAGCUUUCAUGAAGGAAGUAGACAGUCACUUCAUGGAGUUUGUGAACAGUUUGGUGGCAAAGUCAGCACUCCUGGAUUCCUCAUCUUCAGCCUCCCUCUUCCCAGCUUCCUGCUCAGAGAAGGAACUGCACAAAGCCAAGACCUUGAGGGCCCCUCCAGAACAUGGGAAGAUCUUUACUGCCAGAAGGUCCCUCUUGGAUGAGCUGUUUGAAGUGAGUCACAUCAGGACAAUCUACCACAUGUUCAUCGCUCUUCUCAUUGUCUUCAUCCUCAGCACACUUUUAGUAGACUUCAUUGAUGAAGGAAGGCUGGUCCUAGGAUUUGAUCUCUUGGUCUUUGUUUUUGGAAAGCUCCCAGUCGUCUUCUGUACUUGGCUGUGCAUGUUCUGUGCCACAGUUAUUGUUCCAUACAACCUUUUUGUCUGGUGGGCCCAAGGCUACUACAGUUCCUCCCAUCGUGUAAUCCACUCUCUUUUCUAUGGGAUGUUGUUCACGCUCUUCCAAACAGCUGGGCUUGGAUUUGGACCAACCUAUAUUGCUAUAUCGUAUGCCCUGCCUCCAGCUUCCCGUUUUAUUGUAAUACUGGAACAGGUUCGUCUUGUUAUGAAGGCUCAUUCAUUCAUCCGGGAGAAUGUACCCAGAGUCUUAGCCUCUGUAAAGGACAAGUCCAGCACAGUACCUAUUCCCAGAAUUUCUCAAUACCUGUACUUCCUCUUUGCUCCCACCCUCAUCUACAGAGACAACUAUCCCAGGAAUCCCACGAUAAGAUGGGGCUAUGUGGCUACCAAGUUUGCACAGGUGCUUGGUUCACUUUUCUAUGCCUACUACAUCUUUGUGAGACUCUGCAUUCCUCAGUUUCCCAAUGGUAGUCAAGAAACCUUCAAUCUUCGAGGGCUGGUCCUCUGCAUCUUCAACUCCAUUCUGCCAGGUGUACUGAUUCUCUUCCUCGUUUUCUUUGCAUUCCUUCACUGUUGGCUUAAUGCGUUUGCUGAGAUGCUGCGCUUUGCGGAUAGGAUGUUCUACAAGGACUGGUGGAACUCCACUUCUUAUGCAAACUACUACCGAACCUGGAAUGUGGUAGUACAUGACUGGCUCUAUUACUAUGCCUACAGGGACUUCCUUUGGUUUUUUGGUAAGAAGUUCAAAGCAGCAGCUAUGCUAUCUGUCUUCACAGUAUCAGCUGCUGUGCACGAAUAUGUUCUGAGCAUCUGCUUUGGCUACUGCUAUCCAGUUCUCUUUUGCCUGUUUGCAUGCUUUGGAAUGGUCUUCAACUUCAUCCUUAAUGACCGUCGGAAAGGGCCCAUCUGGAAUGUGAUCAUGUGGACAUCCCUCUUCCUGGGCCAAGGUGUCAUCAUUUGCCUCUACAGCCAGGAGUGGUAUGCCCGCCAGUACUGCCCUAUGGAAAAUCCCACAUUCCUGGACUACUUAAAACCACGUUCAUGGUCAUGUCAUAUGAAGAUGUAAAAAUGGUAUGCUCUGGCUGUGUCAUCGCAGAAGAUCAGAGUUGUCCUCCAAGUAUUUGGACCAAUGACCUAACUCACUACAGACUUUUUCUAAGGGAAGUUGUGCCUCCUGAUUAUUGGGGAGAAACUAUAAUUUUUUUUUAAACAUCACUGAGGCAAACCAGUUGACCUGGAUUGCAACAGGCUUCAUAGACAGCAUCUACUGUGUGCUGUCCCACUUUGAGCCAUUUCCAUGCCAGUAAAACAUUGAGCUGAAGAUGGAGUCUACUGGAAUCCUACUCAUCCAGGGGUCCCCCCCCAAGUUGCUGCUCUUCUGGACAAUAGAUAGUCUAGUCAGAUUUGCUAGUAGCUCAUUGUUGGCGUCCGUCCAUCUUCCUUAGCCAUCCCUUUGCAAUUUUUUUUUCUCCUUUUUGGUAAUGGGGUGUCUACAAAACUUCUAUUCUUUGUGAUCCUGUCUGCUGCUGUGAUGCAGACAAGUGGCAGAGCAACAGAGUAUUUGCCUCCUUGCUCUGAAGAUAGCCAAAGUAUUCCUGGGUGGCUUUGAACUGUAUUCUAUGUAUGUUGGCUGCCUACAGAUUUAAAAUAGGCAGAGGAAGGGGGGAUUGUCAGUUUACUUGUGGCUGCAUUGGAGAAUCAGGGCACAGCAU